CAGCCCUACACCAACAUUCGGCGAGCUCUCAUGGCGCCUCCCGAUCCGUGUUUCCCUCUGCUGCUCGGGUUCGCAGUCUUCCUAUGCCCGGGUCCACAUGCGACCGCGAAAUGUCGUUGCUUCCUUAGGGAGUAGUUCCGGAGUUAGCGCAGCCUUCUCCCGUUUCACAACGACGACAGAGCAAUCCUCUUACCGAUCCCGGUCGACGAGAGAUCCAUGACACGCACAAGAUGGUGACUGAGCUAUAAAUCGCUGGUAUAAGCAACCAAAGUGCCCGAGCACUCAUAUGCAAACGCUCAAAAUGUCGACAUACGCAAUCACUGGAACUUCUCGUGGCAUCGGCCUCGAACUCGUCAAACAGCUCAUUCAAUUGCCCAGAACACAGGUCUCCAAGAUCUUUGCCAUCACGCGAGGCCCUAGCGUGGAGCUCCAGAAAUUGAUUGAUGCUUCUGAGGAACGCAUCGUCAACAUCGUUAUCAAAGAUUUGACCAAGGAAGAUAGCGUGCAAGGAGGAGUUACUCAAAUCCAGAAGCACACACCCUCUCUGGACGUCCUGGUAAACAAUGCUGGUCAAGGGUCAUUUACACCGGACGGAGUGCGAUCGGUCAAAGCCGCAGACUUGCGAGAAAUCUUGAAUACCAACCUCGUGAGCGCACAAGUCGUGACUGCCGCCUUCUUGCCACUUUUGGAAAGCGGGAACGAGAAGAAAGUCAUCAACAUCUCGUCCACUCUGGGUUCAAUCUCUUAUGCCUCGCGACACGCGAAUACACCGAGUCAUGCGUACAAGGUCACUAAAGCAGGCAUGAACAUGCUCACGGCUUUGUACGCGCUAGAUCACAAGGAAUUCACGUUCCUUGCCGUAUCUCCUGGUUGGCUGAGAACCGAUCUUGGAAGCCAAAAUGCGGACCUUCCUGUUGAGGUCGGCGUCUCUAGUCUCAAAGACAUCAUCCUCAAGGCCGACAGAUCACAAAAUGGCAAAUUUUUCAACAUUCACGUGCCUGAUUGGAAGAAAGAAGGGAAAGGACCAGAAGUGUAUGAAGGUGAAGAGGUGCCAUGGUGAAACCUCCCUUGCAAGAUUCAACACCUGAUAGUGCUACAAUCAGAUCUUGAAGUCGGCGAUACUUGUGAUCAUAUUGUGCGGCUGUCCUUGUGGCAAGGUACAUGCCGCAUCUGUAAUUGAUGCUCAAGGAUAUCAAAACUCUAUUUCUCUCACGCCCAGGAUGAACAGGAGCUUACUGCACUCUAGUUGACCUCACUCCAUUGAAAUACUUUCAACAACAAUACUUGCAAGAUGCGAUUGACUGUAUCAACAGCCGCCUUCCUGGCCACCAUCACCACCUUCGUCCAAGCAGACGCAGACGACAUAGCCGUCGGCCACCACAUAAUCUGGUCCUACCCAGCC